CGUCAAGUUGCGUCGGAAAAGUCUGAGAAACAAUGGUGAAUACUUGUGUGGCCGUGAUUAAGUCAAGUUACCUCUCAGCUGUUAUGUCAAAUGUUUUAUAUCCACCAAGACAGACUCCCUACUUCUCCUCUAUUCCUCUUCUUACAAUCUCAAUCUCCAUAGUCUUUGUUCUUAGUUUUCUCCUCCUCUCACUCUCUCUCUCUAUGGCUUCUUCAUCUUCUUCUCGAAAUUGGUUAUAUGAUGUUUUCUUGAGCUUCAGAGGGGGAGACGUCCGUGUAACAUUCCGUAGCCACUUUCUCAAGGAGUUCGAUCGGAAACUGAUCACUGCUUUCAGAGACAAUGAGAUCGAGAGAAGCCACUCUCUUUGGCCCGAUCUUGAACAAGCGAUCAAGGACUCCAGAAUCGCAGUGGUCGUUUUCUCCAAAAACUACGCUUCAUCGAGCUGGUGUCUUAACGAGUUGCUGGAGAUUGUGAACUGCAAUGAUAAAAUUAUCAUACCGGUUUUCUACGGUGUGGAUCCUUCCCAAGUGAGGUAUCAAAUCGGUGACUUUGGAAGGAUCUUUGAAAAGACUUGCAAGAGACAAACAGAGGAAGUGAAAAACCAAUGGAAGAAAGCGUUGACUCUUGUAGCUAAUAUGCUUGGAUUUGAUUCUGCCAAAUGGGAUGACGAAGCAAAAAUGAUUGAAGAAAUAGCCAAUGAUGUUUUGCGUAAACUGCUUUUAACUACAUCGAAGGAUUUUGAUGACUUUGUCGGCCUCGAGGAUCAUAUUGCAAAUAUGAGUGCACUGUUGGAUCUGGAAUCUAAGGAAGUGAAGAUGGUUGGUAUAUGGGGUUCCUCGGGGAUUGGUAAGACUACCAUUGCACGAGCUUUGUUUAACAACCUUUUUCGGCAUUUCCAAGUUAGGAAAUUCAUAGACAGAUCUUUUGCCUAUAAGAGUAGAGAAAUUCAUAGUAGUGCCAAUCCUGACGACCACAAUAUGAAGUUACAUUUACAAGAGAGCUUCCUCUCUGAAAUUCUAAGGAUGCCGAACAUAAAGAUAGAUGAUCCAACUGCACUGGAAGAGAGGCUAAAGUACCAAAAAGUUCUUAUCAUUAUUGAUGAUUUGGAUGAUAUAAUGGUACUAGAUACAUUGGUGGGUCAAACUCAAUGGUUUGGAUAUGGGAGCAGAAUCAUUGUGGUUACAAAUGAUAAGCACUUCUUGACUGCUCAUGGGAUUGAUCAUAUUUAUGAAGUUAGUUUCCCAACUGACGUGCAUGCUUGUCAGAUGUUAUGUCAAUCUGCAUUCAAGCAAAACUAUGCUCCUGAAGGUUUUGGGGAUCUUGUAGUUGAUGUUGUAAGACAUGCAUGUAGUUUUCCUUUGGGUCUUAAUCUUUUGGGUAAGUAUCUGCGGGGUAGGAAUGAGGAGUACUGGAUGGAUAUACUGCCAAGGCUUGAGAAUGGUUUACGUCUAGACGGUAAAAUUGAGAAAAUACUAAGAAUCAGCUAUGAUGGGUUAGAUAGUGAAGAUCAAGAGAUAUUUCGUCAUAUCGCAUGUAUUUUCAUUCAUAUGAAAGUCACAACCAUCAAGUCCUUGCUGGCAGAGAGUGAUGUUAGUUUUGCACUGGAAAACCUAGCUGAUAAGUCUCUCAUUCAUGUCAGACAAGGUUAUGUGGUGAUGCACCGUUCGCUACAAGAAAUGGGUAGAAAAAUUGUUCGCAUUCAGUCCAUUGACAAUCCUGGAGAGCGAGAAUUUUUGGUGGAUCCAAAUGAUAUACAUGAUGUACUCAAUGCAUGCACAGUAAGUUUUUUUUUUUUAAAAAAUUUAUCCUUUCAUGACUCAAUAUAUAAGGUUUAAGAGAUGCCAUCUGAUAAACAAUGAAGUAUGAGUUUGUCUCUUUCUCAUUAAUAUCAUAUUUUUCAGGGUACUCAAAAGGUUUUAGGUAUAUCACUCAAUACAAGAAAUAUUGUUGAGUUGGAUGUACAUGAGAGUGCCAUCAAAGGGAUGUCUAAUCUCCGUUUCUUAGAAAUUAAGGAUUUCAUAAGUCAAUGGAAGAAAGCGUUGAUUGAUGUAUCUAAGAUAGCAUUUGAUUCUACCGAAUGGUAUAACUUUUUGAUUAUUAGACAUUUUGAAAUAAAUUGUUGUUUCAUAUUUGUUCAAUAAUUUUUCUUCUUAUUGGGAUGACGACGCAAAAAGGAAUCGCGGAUUAAUCACUCAAAAUUAUGUUAAUUUGCUUUUGCUUUCAACUACUCCCAAGGAGUAUGAGGAACUUGUUGGCAUUGAAGAUCACACCGCUGAAAUGAGUUUACCUGCAACUAAGAGCUUUGAUUUCGAAGAUGACGGAUUGCAUUUACCUGCAAGUUUCGACUAUUUGCCUCCUACACUUAAACUAUUGUGCUGGCCCAAAUUUCCAAUGAGGUGUAUGCCUUAUGAUUUUUGUCCUGAAAACCUUGUCAAACUCGAAAUGCGGGAGAGCAAGCUAUAUAAGCUGUGGGAAGGAGUUGUGCCACUUACAUGUCUAAAGGAAAUGGAUCUAGAUGGAUCAGUCAAUCUGAAAGAAAUUCCAGAUCUUUCCAUGGCUACUAAUCUCGAGACACUUAAUUUUGAGAAUUGCAAGAGUUUGGUGGAGCUUCCUUCCUUUAUACGAAAUCUCAAUAAGCUGUUGAAAUUGAACAUGGCAUUCUGCAACAGUCUGGAAACUCUUCCAACUGGUUUCAACCUCAAAUCUCUGGACCGCCUUAGUUUCUCUGAAUGCACAAAGUUGAAGACUUUUCCCAAAUUCUCAACCAACAUCUCAGUUCUCAAUCUCUUUGGAACAAACAUUGAAGAAUACCCUUCUCACUUACAUCUCGAGAAUCUUGUCGAGUUUAGCAUAUCAAAAGAAGAGAGUAAUAUGAUACAAUGGGAGGGAGCGAAGGUGAGUAGUUCUAAACUUAAUAUUCUCUCCAAACUAUUUUACUAUCACUGUUUAUAUUUAAACUAUUGUCGCAGACUCAAAUUUUGUACACUUGUGUAUUAAAACUUAAAAACUUAAGUGACUUUUAUAAAAUUUACAAAUUUUAUAUUAUUCAA